AUGACUACGUCUGAUUUCAAUGCAAUGAUAGCUUUAGGCCUGUGGCAAUCCGUUUCAAGCCUCGACAAGUCAGGGUUCACUGAAGUCCGCGAUCCUCGCGAAAUACAGAAAUAUCUUAUCAAGCAUGCAGAGAGGCGCUUGGGAGGGAAGAUGGGGGAGAAGUACCAAAGACUUGUUAUUCGGUGCCUAAAAGGGGAUUUCGGGGUUGUGGAUGACACGAAGGAAGACCUCAAACUGCAGCAGGCAUUCAGAGGAUACGUAGUGGAUCUGUUGCAGAAGUCUGCCGAUAGCAUUUGA